UCCAAUGUAAACACCACCUACCAUGGCCCCUCGCGGGCCUUGACGGUGGAAGUCAUGCAAUGCCUUGAAGCUGGGCAACUCAUUGAUCAGGUACCUCAGGUAACUUUGGCCAUGGACCGGUGUUCGUUCCUAUCUGCCAGCGUAUUCGCGCUGGUGGCUCUGGGUUCGUUCUGAGAUUAUACGGUUAAACUUGAUCUGGAUAAUACCAGCGAAAGGAUCAUGCCUUCCCUCGUGCCCCCUUUAUUGAUGGAAUAGCUAACAAUCCUCAGUCACCACCGUGACUUGAUCCCUCACUUGAACAACCCCCAAAGAACAUCAUGUCUCCCCCAGCUGCCUUGCUUGAGUCCCCCGUGGCCCCUACCGCCGGUCUCAAGGGAAAGGUCAUUGUUCCUGAGAUUGCUCCCAUGAUGGGAGGAGACUCGCAGACCAAGCUGCUCGACCACUUCGGCGGCAAGUGGGAUGACUUCAAGUUCGAACCGAUCCGUGAGAGUCAGGUGUCUCGCGCCAUGACCCGACGUUACUUCCAGGAUCUGGACAAGUAUGCCGAGAGUGACAUUGUCAUUGUCGGCGCUGGUUCCUGUGGUCUGAGCACCGCGUACGUGCUGGCGAACGCGCGCCCUGAUUUGAAGAUUGCCAUCAUCGAGGCCAAUGUUUCUCCUGGUGGUGGUGCUUGGCUGGGUGGCCAGCUCUUCUCUGCGAUGGUCAUGCGUCGACCCGCGGAGGUCUUUUUGAAUGCACUGGGCGUGCCUUACGAGGAAGACCCAUCGAACCCCAGCUACGUCGUCGUGAAACAUGCGUCCUUGUUCACUUCGACCUUGCUGUCCAAGGUCCUCGCCUUCCCCAACGUCAAGCUCUUCAACGCCACCAGCGUGGAGGACUUGGUGACUCGUCCCUCCCCCAACGGAGACCCCAAGGCGACCCGCAUCGCGGGUGUGGUCACCAACUGGACGCUGGUGACUCUGCACCACGAUGACCACUCCUGCAUGGACCCCAACACCAUCAACGCGCCUCUCGUGAUCAGCACUACCGGACACGACGGCCCGUUCGGAGCCUUCUCGGCCAAGCGCCUGGUCUCGAUGGCGACCGUUGACAAGCUGGGCGGCAUGCGGGGUCUGGACAUGAACUCCGCCGAGGAUGCGAUCGUCAAGAACACUCGUGAGGUCACCAAGGGCCUGAUCAUCGGCGGCAUGGAGCUGUCGGAGAUCGACGGCUUCAACCGCAUGGGCCCGACCUUUGGUGCGAUGGUGCUCAGCGGUGUCAAGGCGGCCGAGGAGGCCCUCAAGGUCUUUGAUGAGCGCCAGCGUGAGUGUGCCGAGUAAGAUGAUCGUAUUGUCGAGCUGCCACUCUACACAUGAGAUAUUGAAGAAGCUGCCGGUGGUUUUCUUUCGGAAUGUCCGGUGACUUCUGUUUCGUU